GGACAGGACGUGGGAGCGUUGAUCAGUUGCCGGCAGCUGUUGCUUAUUUCACAGAGGCCACCCCUCUUAUGCGCUGUGUGUGUGAGCGCACGCAUGCACGUCUUUUGCUGUGCGAGUUUGGCACUCUUAACCAGGGUUUCUGUGUGGGAACAUAAGCUUCACUAACUUUUCUCCACAACACCGUGAGAAGAGUUUCUUUCCAACCUCCACCCUGCAAAAGCUGGCUCGUCCUCACCACGCAGCUGGGAGUUGAGAGGUCAGCGCUUGACGGCCCGAGACCUGGGCAAGAGGGGAGCAAGAUGACGUUUCUGCCCAAGAGGAAACUGUUGAUGUUUCUGCUAGUUUUCCUGGUUUUCCUGUGCCUCUACACUCUGUAUCUGGAGAAUAUUCUUUGCCAUGAGAGAGGCCAGGCCAUCGCCCACGACCCAAGCAGGGUAUUCAUUAUUGUGAAAUGUCACUAUUUUGCAUACGUAAGGCUCCUUGUUAAUCAAAAGCCAAGUCAACGUAAUGUUGCUGAGUAUAAUCUAACUAACAAUGGAAGGGAAAACCAAGAUGCAAACCCCACGGGAGCAGAGGGAUGUGUAAAUUCCACAUCCUUGCCAGAUGUGGAGCCUGAGCCACCCACCACGGCAGGGCGACCCAUUAAAGCAACCAAAAUUACAGAAGCUGACUUCAUCGAGGACCAAUAUGUCGCUGAAAACCUUCCUUCACAAACUAGAUGUCCCAGUGGCAUUCGGAGGAGGGUGUCCCAGACUGCCUUUGCCAAGAGAUAUCUGGACAGUGUGCCAGUUUUGCAGUGGGCUAAGCAUUUCUCCCCACAGGAGUACCAGCGACUUGCACACUAUUCAGGAGCCUACGGUUGGGGCAGUGUAGACAUCGAAGUUGUGAAGGAGUCGCUGGCUGUUUUAAACACCAGUGCCCACCGGGAAAUGUUUGAUGACUGGGAGAUGAAGAAGAACAGAUCCCAGUGCAUCCGGUGCGCUGUGGUAGGAAAUGGGGGCAUCCUGCGCGGGUCCAGGAAAGGGAAGGAAAUCGACCAGCAUGACUACGUUUUCAGGACUAAUGGCGCAGUUCUUAAAGGCUUUAAGGAAGAUGUCGGCAAGCGAACCUCCCACUACACCUUCUCAACCAACACUUUGCGCAACUCGAUGGUGAACUAUGCACACGUGGGCUACGUGGGUCCCCCUCUGAGCAAGGUCAACAGUCUUGUCCGUGGAUUACUGAUGGCCUGGAACUUAAUCAUCAAAUGGAUUAAAAAAAACAAAGAGACCAAGUACUUGUUCCUGCCUGAUCAUGACCGCGACUAUAUCCUCAUGAAAGCAGCAGCCAUGCACACACCAGUCGACAGGGGACCAGAGCGCUCGAACAAGCCGCCUGAUUAUUUUGGAGAUGAUGUGACAUCAGAGAAGUUUAAAAUGUUCCACCCAGACUUCAUCCGAUACCUUAGAAACAGGUUUCUGCGCUCUUACAUCCUCAGUACCAAAUUUAAGGACAUCUACAGGCCAUCGACGGGGGCCAUCAUGCUUCUAGCUGCUCUUCAUACAUGUGACCAGGUGAGUGCCUAUGGCUUUAUGACUCCAGACUACGACAAAUACUCGGACCACUACUAUGAUAGGACGAACAGCACCGUGCAGUUUUAUGUAAACCACGACCUGCGGCUGGAGCUCAGUCUAUGGCAGCAGCUGCACCAGGCUGGACUGAUUGAGCUCUACAUGCGCCUGUAAGACCCUGGCCUGCCGACGCUCGUAUAGAUGUCGAGGUUCCCCUCCUGCUGACCUGCAGCCUAAGAAGCUGUGGAGGACAAAAAGGGGAAAAAAAACCUCAUGUUUAAUGUUGUCUCUGUUUUGGAUUUAUUGUAGAUCAGUUAACUAUAGUGUCAAAGGUGAAGGCAAGCUGUAUUCCCUGUUCUUAAUUUAUUGACUGUUUAUGCUAGGGUGUGUUGAGGCUUGACGUUGCUCAGGGACUGGUGUCAGGUUGGAAGCUGUGCAGGUGUAGUUCUUGCUCUGCUUUUGUACGAGGACCAGACAUGACCGUAUGUCUCACUCUUUCUCCCACACGUCUUGCUUUCUCUGCUGCUGUAAGACAAAUCUCCUGCCUGGAUGUUUUUUACUUUUUCUAUAUAAACUGGAUUUCUGUGCUCCUCCAGUCGCAGACCUGCAGUGGAUUAAAAAAGUCUUUCGAUCCAUUGAAAGUUUUGGAGGAUUAGAAAGGAAAUGUGGGGUUUUUUUUGUCCUCCCCCCUCUACAGAAAGGUUAUUGCUGGGGAUGAUGCAUUUACUAAUUUUUUAUUUUUAUUUGCUACACCCUGUCCAGCCAUUUCAAAUCAGUGUAAGGCAACAUGAAGGAGGAAUAGCUGGUUCUGAAGUACUAUAUGAUGCCUUUUAGUUGAAGAUGCCUUAAGCCUAAAGUAGCAAAUUGACUGUGUGUGUGGAGCACUGUGCAAUGAUGACUUGGAUUUUUGUUUAAUCUUCAGAAAAUACAUCACACACAUUAUCAACCAAAGACUAAAAUAUUUGAUGCUUUUUUUGUGGCCAAACACACUAUACACUUUUGUACACUUAACAAUACAGUAAUUAUAAUACAAUAGUGGGUUAUAUUGUAUUAUAGAUUAAAACAUGGUACAAUAGUGUAUUAAUAGUGCUUUACUAUAAGAAAGCAGAAAUGAUGGUUUAUUAAAGCCACUAUGUGAUUAAGAUCAGAAAAUAUGGCAAGGAGUGGUGGAAGCACAAACAGGCUUCCAUCAUGUAGCAAAAUGAAGUGGGUUCAUUUGAGCAAAGCCGGUUUGGCAGAGCUUUGCCUAUCUGACUCUGUAGAGUGCAAUAUGUGAGAUGAAGUGUCCAAGAAAUUAUUUCCUGUGGGACUGAAAAAUAAGUUAGAAUAACUUUUUAUUUUUCAGUCACACGGGGGGGGGGACCUCUUGAGAUGCUAUGAUUAUAUGGGCUAUUCAGCACUGUUUUUGCAAGGGCUUAUCAAAAUGUUUGCUAGUGUUUAGAAAUGAUCUCAAUUAUUAAAAGACUCGACUUUCCUUUCGUUCUUAUUCAUGGAAAUGGUAUUUAUAAUGUCAUGAUAUUCUCUCUCCCCCCCCCCCCCCCCAUGCAAGGUGCUAAAAGUUUACUUUUACUUUAUUUAUAUACAUAUUGAGUACCACUAAUUCUUUGUUUAGAAAUCAGUCUUGAUGCCUGAAAAUUUAAUGGCAAAAUGCAAAAUCCAACAAAACUUGUAUAAAAGCAGAAACUUCUAAAAACAAUCACUUGUAUACUUAUAAAAAUCUAGAAACAAGAAUCCUAAUAAUUUAUGAAGUGUUCUUA